CUGCGCGGGGAGCGGGGGGAGCCGCGGCCGGGAGCUGUUUUGUUCUCCUUCCCUUUGCCUUCCCUCUCCUCCCCCCUCCUCACCAAAACCGGGAGAGGAGGCGUGUUCGUAGAGCCUUGCUGCACCGGUUUUGCUUGGUUUGUUGUUGCGGGGUUUGGUUCGCAGGGUGGUUUUUUUUGUUGUUGUGGGGUCUGGGUUUUUUGUGUGGUUUUUUUUUUUUUUUUUUACUUGUUUCUUUUCUCUCUCUCUGUCUUCUCCCCUCCCUCCCUCUCCUUUGGCCCAUUGCAUGUUCGGAUCCGGCUGGAUCCUUCCUUUUAUUUUCGGCGGUGCCUCUCGGAGGGGGGAAGGGAGAGCUGGGAUGAGUGCAGCUUGACGCACAGGCGAGGGGAGGGGGGCACCGCCGGCAGCUGUAGCGGUUCGUGGCCGCAGGGUGCGGGUGAGGAAGGGAACGAGCGCGGGGCUUGCUCGCUGCCUUCCCCUUUAUUCGCCCCCUUUCCUUCCUCCCUUCCUUUCUUCCCUCCCCACCCCCAUCCGUCUCCUGCCGGGUCCGGCUGGGAGCGUGUGUGCAAUAUAUUACGUCGCAAGGUGUGUGUGUGCGGAGGAGAGGGAGGGAAGGAAGGACUCGCUCGGGAGCCGGGGCUGCCCCUGCCCCCCCUGCCCCCUAUGUGACCCCCCCCGGGCGGCUGGAUGGCGAUAGACCGGCGCCGCGAGGCGGGGGGCGGGGGGCGGCCGCUGCCUGAGGAGAACGGCUCCGUGCCGGGGGGCACCGCCAGCCCCCCGGGGCCCAGCCCCGCCAACGCCGUCGGAGCCGGGGCCGAGAUCCAGGCGGUGCCGGUGCCGCCGCCGCCGCCCGCCGCCGCCUGCAGCCCGCUGCUCCUCGACUACGACGGCUCGGUGCUGCCCUUCCUCGGGGGACUGGGCGGCGGGUACCAGCGGACCCUGGUGCUGCUCACCUGGGUCCCGGCCCUCUUCAUCGGCUUCAGCAAGUUCUCGGACUCCUUCCUCCUGGACCAGCCCGACUUCUGGUGCCGGGAAGCGGACGGGCAGGGAAACUGGAGCGGGUCUCUGGCGCCGAGCCACGCCAACCGCAGCGGCAACGGCAGCAGCAUCUUCCCCCCGCCCGGGCUGCCCACCCCCGCGGGGGGCAACGCCAGCGAGUGCGACUGUCACGAGUGGCAGUACCGGAUCAGAGCCGGACUCGUCCAAAACGUCGUGAGCAAGUGGGAUCUUGUUUGUGAUUCUGCCUGGAAAGUCCACAUUGCUAAAUUCUCCCUACUGGUAGGAUUAAUCUUUGGCCACUUAAUAACAGGAUGUAUAGCAGACUGGGUUGGUCGACGGCCUGUACUGCUCUUCUCUGUCAUAUUCAUUUUGAUAUUUGGACUGACUGUGGCACUCUCAGUGAAUGUGACCAUGUUCAGCACACUCAGGUUUUUUGAGGGGUUUUGCCUGGCUGGAAUAGUCCUCUCCCUGUACGCACUGCGGAUAGAGCUCUGUCCUCCUGGGCACCGGUUCAUGAUCACCAUGGUGGCAAGCUUCAUUGAAAUGGCGGGGCAGUUCCUCAUGCCGGGGCUGGCUGCCCUCUGCAGGGACUGGCAGGUCCUCCAGGCAGUCAUCAUCUGUCCUUUCCUGCUGAUGCUAUUCUACUGGGUUAUUUUCCCAGAGUCCCUUCGGUGGCUGAUGGCUACACAGCAGUUUGAGUCAUCCAAAGAACUGAUCCUUCAGUUCAUGCACAAGAACAGUAUGAACACGGAAAGCGACAUCAAAGGAGUGGUGCCCGGCCAUAGGAUGGACGAAUCAGUGCAUAGGAUGGACGAUGCUGUGGGAAUGAAGCUGUUGUCUGUUCCUCAUUUGUUGCAGAAUUUGGAAGAGCUGGAGAAGGAGAUCACCAGGAGACCAAAGAAAGUCUGCAUUGUUAAAGUGGUGGGAACAAGGAACCUGUGGAAAAACAUCGUAGUACUGUGUGUGAACUCGCUGACUGGCUACGGCAUACACCACUGUUUUGCAAAAAGCAUGAUGGGGCACGAGGCGAAGAUGACGAUUACCCAGAACUUCUACGCCGACUACUACAUCAUGGCUGGGAUUGCACUGGCAUCCUGCCUGGCCAUGUGCCCAGUGGUCGGGUUUCUGGGGAGGAGAGGAGGACUCCUGCUUUUCAUGAUCCUUACAGCUCUGGCAUCGCUUCUGCAGCUGGGCCUUCUCAACUUGAUUGGAAAAUACAGUCAACUUCCAGACUCAGGUAUGAGUGAGAGCGUCAAAGACAAGUUCUCGACCGCUUUUUCCAUCGUGGGUAUGUUUUCUUCGCAUGCUGUUGGAAGCCUCAGCGUGUUCUUCUGUGCUGAAAUCACACCCACAGUAAUCAGGGGAGGAGGGCUGGGGCUGGUCCUGGCCAGCGCAGGCUUUGGCCGCCUGACCGCCCCCAUCAUGGAGCUCCACAACCAGAAAGGCUACUUCCUCCACCACGUCAUCUUCGCCUGCUGUACGCUCAUCUGCAUCAUCUGCAUCCUGCUGCUGCCGGAGAGCAAGAACCAGAACCUGCCUGAGAACAUCCCGGAUGGGGAACAUUACACCCGGCAGCCCCUCCUGCCGCACAAGAAGGGGGAGCAGCCCCUGCUCCUGACAAACUCUGAACUCAAGGAUUAUUCCGGCCUCCACGACUCAGCAGCUGUGAGUGACGGAAUCUCAGAGAACACCACUGCCAACGGGAUGAAGUCGAUGUAACUGGGUGGACUUUUUUUUUCUUCUGUUUGUUUUAUUUUUAUUUUUUUUUUGUUGGGUUGUUCGGGUUGGUUUUUUUCUUUUUUCCUCUUUCUUUUGUAUUUUAUUUGAUGCUGUUGUGCAGGAGGAGCAGCACUUUGGGCAAAGGUGUUUUGCACAGACUUUACAAACCAGUGAUGGAGCAGACACAGACUUUGGGGAAUUCAACUCUGCUGCUAAAGCAACUUUUGGCAUCUUCAACUGUUUUGCAGAUUGCUCUUGAAAACAUUAUGGGGGAAGACUCAUCUGAGAAAAGACCUGGCUGGAGGUAGCCCUUCAGAAGUCUUUUUUUUCCUGCCAUUAAAUAUGUAUAUUUAUUUUGAUUUAUUCUCAAGAAGCACUUUAUUUCCUUUUCCUUUCAUAGAUCACAAAAAUGAAGCCAUCUUCUUGUAAGAGGUGCAGCCAUUCCAAGAAAGAAACCAAGGGGGGGUUGUUUUUUGUUUUGGUUUUGUGUUUCUUUAAAGGAAAGAGGGAUCCACUGCAAAGUUGAAUUGACUGAAAUUUAGACUUGUGCAACGUUCUUCUGCCUGUCUAGGAAGUCCAAGUGCCCAGGUUGCCUGCUGUGUUUGUAUAGACCAAAAAAGAAAGCAAAAAAAAAAAAAAAGCAAAGCCUGUUGUGACUCAAACUCUGACUGCAUCUUAUGUUCGUUUUUAUAGCCCAUGUGAACUUACAAGUUACUUUCUAAAUUAGUACUUUCUUUUUUUUUUUCACCUAAUGCAGUGAAGAAAAUCCUACCCAAACAGUCUGAUUUUCAAAGAGAAUCAGCCUUCUGCAUUUUAACAGUCCAUUAAUCUACUUUAGGUGGUUCCCGUUGGUGUUUACUAGUAACAUACAUGAUAUAAAUUAUUUGACCAAUGAUGCAAAAAUUAGUUUUGCUGAGAGUGGCUUUAAUUACUAGGAGGUCCAGAAUCUCCAGUCAACUGCUCCAGGAGAAAAGCAUAGACCAGCAGGGACAAAAAGUAAGGAGCAUGGGUUACAAUCUGUACUUUUAUUCCAAAAGGCAGCACAGCUGGGAUUCCCACUCCUGGGAAAAGAGUGUCCUGGCAUUGCCUUACCUGUUUUUGGAAACAGGGUUUUUCUUAUCAGUUUAAGUGGAGAAAAUGCUUAAGUGACUACUGGAGAGGAAUGAAUCGAUAGCCUGUAAAUAAUGACUUAUAGUCUGCUGUUGGGCAUCUUGGGGCUUUUAGAGAUGUUUUCUGGUUCUGACCCAAGAAUAUACAAUUAACUCACCCACACUUCCCCCUUCCCUACCUGUGCUCUUGUAGGAUUUUCAUUCAGAAAAAAAGGGGGGGAAAAAGUUUCCUUAAAUUGGAUUGAUCCUACUCUAGGCUAAGCAAAGUGAGCAUCCAGUUUGUCUCUUGCUGUGCAGAUGGCACUUUGAUAAUGGCCACUUGACUUCUCCAGCCCCCAAACCAACUAUUUCCUUUAGCCAUUGGCUUCUGGUUCUCACUGCGUGAAUAUCGUGAGGAUCUAGUCCAAUGCAAGUCCUUUGUAAACAAACAGCUUUCUUGCAUUGUAGUUAACCUCCCUCCUCCCCCUUCCUCUUCUCCUUCCUCACUCAGGCCAUCCAUUUGUGAUUGCUCAGUCGUGCAGACGUUCAAGCAAACAGAGCAGCAGGAUGUCGAUGUUGUAUUGAGUGUCCAUAUGAUUGCCACUUUGUUUGAUGUACAUCUUGCGUUCACGCGCAUGGAAAGCACUCAUUUGCCCUGUACUCCUCUACCCUCCCUCCCCCCCUCCCCCUGUGCUGUAUAUAUUGUCAAUUUAACUACUGUACCUAACAAUUUCCAUCCUCCGUUGGGCUGCCAAUGUCCUCUUACAGGCCCAAAUAAGUCAGAGGUAGGCGAUGCAGUAAGUAGCGCAGCCUCGGAUGCUGACGAGAGCAAGGGGACAGGGUGGACCUGCCAGAAGCAACAGAGAUUGUUGUGUUUAGAGUAACAAUGUUGUCCUAAAGCUGCUAGUUUUUGUACAGAGGAUGUGGACAUUCGAGUUCUUCCUGAGCCUGGUAAGAAACACUGGACCAGUUGAUGGUAGUUUUGCCCAAAUUUACAGUACUGUUUUUCUUCACCUUUGCUAGACUUGCUGUGACAGUGAGAGCCCAACCUUCCUUACACUCGAGUUUGAUUGUCGAGCGUGGCUGCUUCUCUUUUUGUUCUGUGCUGAGACUUCUGCAGUCUAUGUCCACCUAAGGAAAAAACCCAGACCUUCCCCAUUUAUGCAGUAUUCACGUGCCAAAUUUGUGCAAUAACUUUUGCCUUUGAUAAAGAGAUGCUUGUUGCAAAUCGCACACACUGGGGGGAGGGGGGGAAAAGAAACACCAAAGUGGGUUCACAACAAAAAAAUUGAAGAAGUACAACAAGUCUUAAAGGAAAAGGGCCUCAAAGUGGAGGAGCAGGGUCAAGUGCAGAGGCAGAGAGUGGUGUCCUGCCAUCCAUCGCGCCCUGCCAGCAGCUCCUUCCUUCGUGGUCUCUGUGCCUGUGUGCUCAAGCUACGGUACAGCUCUUGUAGACCAUCCACGAGCCUGUUGAAUCAGAUGCUUCCAGCACUGUCAGCAGUCCUGGUGUGCCCACUGCUCUUGUUCGCUGCGCUUUAUCGUUUCCUAUUCUGGUGGUUGCUCUCUGAUGACAGAGAGGCCCAGGGAAGAGAAUAGUUGUUUAAACAUAUCAAUGUUUAUGUAAUAAACCAACUAGGUGACAGGAACUUGCGGCAAUUUUUUUUUUAUUACUAUUCUUAUAAAAUUGACUUGAUUUGCUGCCUUUUUGGGUGUUUUACCUGAAACCAACUACUUUUACCUGAAACCCAGUAGUUGGUACUGAUCUUCAAAGUGGGGAGCCCCAACAUUUCAAGUUGGUCUGGCCCUCUGCUUCCGUCAUGACAAUAAAGCACAAACUAAUUUUCUGCCUUGGCAGCUCCAGUUUUGCUCCUUUUCCUGACAAGAUCAACACCUCUGCCAUUUUUUUUCCCACACAUGCUCACAGAGUUGGAAAGCUUUUGCUAAGCAUAUCUCAUGUGGAGGAGUCGGGUACCAGGAGAUGCAGCUGGGCAGAAACAAAAAGUGGAGGUGCUUUCUGUCCUCUGCCUAGUCCCAUAGCAGGACAGGGCUCUCAGUCUGUGGCACCAUUAGCUCCACAGCCAUCACCAGGAAAGGCUUUUCUCAGGAGGCUCUUUCUGGCCAUUGCAGCAGGGAAAGUGGCCAAAGCUGUCCUGUCCAUUCUGGCCUUUUUCUGUGAACCUUCAGUAACCUCUAAGCCCAUCAAUGGAUUUUUCUUUGGGUCUACCAUUUAAGGGCUUUCUUGCGUCUUUGUGAGUUUAAACAAAAAUGUGAAAGUGACAUUAUGCUUGAUCUUGGGGGUUUUUUCCCCCCUUUUAAGGCUUCAGUACUGCUUUUGUUGCCAGACACACUGCAAAUGGAUAAUGACAGUUAUCCAUUUUCUGUCUGCAAGUGUUUUGUGGCAACUCAGGAAGGAGUUUGUGAGAGUUACUUUUCAGUUUCAUUAACUGGCCUUUUUUUUUUUUUUUGGCCUUUUUUUUUUAAUUGAAGUAUUUUAACUGUUGCUACUUCCUGGAGCCAAACACUAAAGGUCACCAAAUUGGAAGCAGAAGUGCCAUUAACUGAACUCUGAAUGUCAAGUCAAGUGGCGCCUGUAGUUGGCACAUAAGACAACACUAUUAAGUGGGGGGAUGAUCUCCCCUGCUGUAACCUUUUUUUUUUUUUUUUUAAGAAAAUUAAAAUGACAAACCUCAUUUUAAAUGUAUUGUGUAAAAUGUUUCGGGAAAGGAGUAUGAUGUGUUAUGUCUAGUGGGUGAGACCUCCCUCCCCAUUUCAGUUUCUGAUGAAGUUUUUAAAAAAUCGUGUUACUGUAUGUUUUGAUCAUGAAUAGUCUGGUGGUGCUUCCUUAUAGCACAAGCUUAAAUCAAGUACUGAAAACAGUCUUACAAGCUAAAUGUCUGCAUGAUGUUACAUCUGUUGUACCUACUGAAAAUAACUUUGUAUGUAAAUGUACAGAAUAAAAUGACAUUGUCCCAUCA